GGCACUUAUCGUUAUCGAGAGCCAGCGCACACACAGUGCAAAAGAGUUCGCGAAAAAACCUGGACAAAAAGCCAAAUUGAAGCAAGUCGAGCAGUUUGAGGAAGCAGGAGAUCCCCGUUGACCAGUGCCGUGGAGUGCUCUAACCACCGUGGCCGUGGAGGCACCGAGAAGCCAACGAAACGCUCGCCAGUGGAGUUCUCCCAUCUUCCACCUCCUCCAACUCCGUCUUGGGGGCCGAAGAAAAUCAGCAGAGACUUCCAGACGAGCAGCGCGGGCAGCGGGGACUGGCACUGGCCUGCUGAGUUAAGCGAGGAAGUAAACAAAAGGAUUGGAUUCCGGGUCUGGGUUGGAAGAACGGGGCGUGGCUCGCUUACCAGGCGGGUUGGCAAACAGAACCGAAGGUGGCAACAAGUAGGCGGCAGGCAUGGACGUGUCCCUCACCGAGCCCGAGACGCGCUUUUACAGUGAGUUGUUCCAAUGCUGCGACGUGGAGAAGACGGGCAAGGUGCCCAUGCUAAAGGCCACUGAGCUCUUCCGCUCGGCAGACAUCGCCAAUGAGACGGUGAUUGAGAUAACCGGUCUCGCGGGGAUUCCUCCCACGGCACUGCACAUCUCGCGGGCGCAGUUCUACUCAUGCCUAAAGCUGAUCGCCGCCCACCAAGCGGCCAUGCCCCUGCGCCAGGAGCUGAUUUUGGCAACAUUUUCUCUACCACUGCCGCACUUUAGCUGGAAGGAGGCUGUCACAGCUCCGGUGGCGGUUGAAAAUGGAUUGGCGGCCUUGCCCCCGCCGCCACCCACGGAUCGCAGGAAUUCGCUGCGUCGUAACUCCCAACAGGAGCAGCUGCAGGACACCUCUGAUGUGCCCAGCACCGACUCCGAAGUGGAGCAAAACGAAUCCGUAGACGAGGCGGCGGGCCACGGACGCGGCACAGAUGGUAGUGGGGUCGUCAGCAGCAGCAGUCGCGAGAAUGUCGUGCGACGCCGCGGGGGCGGUGCUGCUGGUGGAUCUCCGGAAGCAUGGAGCACUAAUAGUGACAGCCCCACCCCCACCAAUAGCGUAGCCGAGCGUCCCUGGGCGCAAGACACCCUCUGGCAGGGAUUGUUGGGCGACGAGCACCGCCAGCUACUGGGCACGGAGGAGGAGUCCUCCGACCGCCACAGCAGCGACGACGAGGACAACGAGAGUGAACUGGUUACUAUCUACCAGAUAACCCCGGAGCAACGCGAAUACUAUAACAAGCAGUUCCGGGCGGUGCAAAGGGAUCCGCAUGGCCUGCUCUCAGGUCAGGCAGCUAGGAACUUUUUUGAAAAGAGCCGCAUUCCUGUGGAGGAGUUGCGUCACAUCUGGCAAUUGUGCGACGUCACCCGUGAUGGAGCGCUUAGCCUGUCUGAGUUUACGGCCGCCAUGCAUUUGGUAGUUCUGAGACGAAACAACAUUCCGUUGCCUCAAAGUCUGCCCCACUGUCUGCACCCUAACGUGCUCCAAGCGGCUGCGGCUGCGGCUGGCAGUGGACAGAGAGUAACCUCCUCAUCGUCAGCUGCGCUGCCUCAGGAGCCGCCUGAGGCUGAUCUCCUGCACCUAAAUGACGACGAUGAAGACGACCACACGGACAAUACGAUCAUAGCCGGAAAUCUCAGCGGCGGCAGUUCCACCAGCAAGCCGCGUCCCAAUGUGCCCAGCGAUAAGAACAUCAUGAAUCUGAGCAGCAUUUCCACAUCCUCUCAGGCUAGCAACAGUUCCAGGCGAGAGGCUACACCGCAAAAUUCCCUAUCUAAGAACCGCAGCAUCUCAAACUCACCGAGUGCGGAAAAAUCAGUGCCGGGAGCUGUUUCGUCUACGGCAAACGCUGUAGACUCGAGCAACGCUUCCAGCCAGUGGACAAAGUUCAGCGAAUCUCCUACUACAAGUGCUGCACCGGUGCAGUCUACCACUGGGGCAGCACCAGUUGUAGCCACCGGAGCAGCCGCUCCUUCUGCCUCUAGUCCUGGGCUUAAGCCAGCCCUCUUUGACAUGAAGCGCUCUGCUCAGGACGUGGUUUCUAAUCCACAGAUCCUGCACCCAGUGCCGCUAAGAGUGACGCCCAUAGGGUCCGCCAUUGCCUCCUCCGCCGAGUCAUCUAACGACACCGAGAGCGUUGUGGUUCUGCGCGAGGAUAGUCCGAAGGCCAUCUCAUCGACCACGCUCAAUAAUCAGUCAUCCGGAUCUGCUGUUUUAACCGGAGUAUCGGCAGUCGCUGGCUCCCAUCGUGAUAGCAGUGAUCUGCGUGCCAUCCAACGGCCCCAGGCAAAAAAGCUGCCGGCCAAAAACAGUGCAUUGCCACCGCCACCGCAACGAGAGCCCAGCAUCGGAUCUAGCGGUCCAAGUGAGCCGCAGGAGCCCCAGGCCACUUAUAUGGCGUCAUUGGUGGCGUCCAAAAAGGACCCACCGCCCCUGCCACCACCAAGGCCACAUCGCCAUGCGCGAAGCAGCAGCUUGGACUUAAACAAGUUCAAAAUGGGCGCAACGGGCGGUGCCCAGCAGGCGGAGAUCACUGCGCAGGCCAGCUUCGAUAUGCAAACCUCAACGGGGUUUGCCGAUUUCACGCACUUUGCCGACGAAGGCGCCGCGAACGUCGUGGACGAGCAGCAGCUACACUCUUUGCCGCCGGCAGCUCCUCCUCCGCAAGCUGCAGUAGUGCCGCCCACGAGAAUUACCCUUCAGCAAGCUCAUCAGCGUGUUUCUGCCUUCGAGGUUUAUCGGAAGCCACAGACGCCUCGCGGAUCGCAGUCGCCACCCCAGCAGCCUCCACCGCCGGCCCCAGCUGUGGGACUGGCCACACAAUCCGGUCAGCUUCCCAGUGCCGAGAGCUUUGAAAAGCGGGUGACUGCCAUAAGCGACUCGCUACGCCACGUAACCUUCAAACAGGGUCAGACUAACACAACGGAGGUGUUGCAAAGACUGCGCGAGCAGAACAACUCACUGCUUCACCUCUGCAAUGAUUUAAGCGACGAACUGUUGAGCGUUCAGACGAGGAAAGAGGAGAUGCGACUGAAAUUGGAGGGACUUGGUGCCGGUGAUAAUACUGGUCGAACGAGCUCCUCGGUAUCCGGUCCGGUGACAGCGAACGUAACCGGUGGAUCCUCUGGUUCGGCAGGAGCUGCUUACACCAACGUUUAAGCAGCAAAAAAAAAUGUUUACUAGGGUGAAUCGAUUUGUUUUUGGACAACUUGUGAGCUUCUUUUGCCUACGUACUCACAUCUAUAAUUGCUAUCCUUGAAGCUAACAUUUAAAAAUCCUUACAAUUUGUUCCACUUUGUUUUUUAAUUUGUUUCUCAAUUGUCCUUUGAGCUAAUUGGUUGGUAAAUUUCAUAAAAGCAAUUUUGUUUUCUAAAAAAUGAACUAUAUCCUUAUCCAAAAUGAAAUAUAUCCUUGGUCGGAACAAGUUAUAUUCUAAUUAAAAUUUUUAAAAUUUUUGUAGUGCAAUUCUAAGCAAAAACCCGUUUUUUCCAUUCAAACAAAUCGGUCCACCCUUACUGUUUUUUACUUAUUUUUUUGUCUGUAUGUUGCAAGCACAAUUUACUAAUCAGGGUGUUUAUACAGCGAUAGGACUGGGCAAAUGCUUGAGUAAGCACCAAAAUUUCCGACAAAUCGUUUCAUAUUUCGGAAAAUGUUUACGCAGUUUGUGGGCAAACAAGAUCUGCCAGCUUCAGCAAUUCCAGUGUUCAUAUUGCUAACUCAAGGCUCGCUCAGUUCUCUCUGCUAGAAACACCAACGGUGGAUCUGAUCCAGCGUCCGUUUAUGCAUUGAAGUUGCUAAUUUAAUUUGUAGGCUAGUUAAAUCUCAAGAACACAAACAAAUCAUGCGAGAACAACAACAAUAAUGCCGCCUCUAUAGAUAUUUAUGCAGAUCGAUUUAUAUAUAUAUGUAUAUUAGAGAUAUAUGUAUAUGCGCUUCUCCUAAUUGUUACGAGUAAAUGACAAACCGUUCUUUCGCUUGACAGCCACCCGUAUCUCACCCUCACCCUAGUGAUUAAUGAAACUGCCACAAAGUGGUCCAAUCCCAGCUGUAAUAUUUCCUGCUGCGAAGGCAUUUUACUUUCCAAUUUGCUAUUGAUUAAUGUUUUGUGUAUGCCUCGAAAAUGUCCCCUUCUAUUCAUUCCGGCAAUGAAAACUAACCAAGAAACAAAACAAAAGCACUAAAACGAUCCUAAAAAUUAAAAAGCCAGGCUUAAUGUUUAAGUAUUAAAAAGUCAAAGGUAAAAAUUCGAUAACAAAAUCAUUUCCUUGAAAGCUAAGCUUAGGUUUUUCAAAAAGUAUAUAUGUAUUAAUAUAUUUUCUAUCUGUAUAGUGUACCCAAAACACGAACUACUUGAUAUUAUGUACAUUUACCAAAAUUUUUUCUACGACUAACGGGAGAGGAAUUAAGAUCGAAACAGGAGACAAAUUUAGUUUACCCGGACCACUGGAUGUGUACGUAUAUGCUCACUUCGAAUUUAUGAGAUAAACCGGCAUAUAUCACUUCUUUUGCAUACUUAAGCCACUAGAUGUAUGAGUUUGUAUGCAACCUGUUAAACAUUUUCAAAGAUCUAUAACACACAAUCACACGAAAAACAAAACAAACAAAAUGUAAUGAAAAGAAAAGAAAAAAGUGAUAUUGAAACACUAUGUAAACAUAUUAUUACGUAGCAGCGUAAUCAAUGUGUAUUGUUUUGAUGGAUAUACAUCUCUAUGAAUAAAGAUAAAUGUAUUAAGUUGAUGUUAAAAUGCAAUAAAAAUGAAAGUGCAUCGAAA